AUGGGUUGGUUCUGGGCCGAUACACCUCAACAACAGCAACAAAAACAACAGCAACAACAGUUGCAAACAUCAUCUACAUAUUCAGCUUGUCCAAUAGAUCAUACAAAACUUUCCACAUCUUCCGCAUGUCCUAUUAAACCAAGUAAUGGUGGUGAUAAUGAUGAUGAUGUAGAAGUAUUAAAUCCAUUAAAUAACAUGCCUAUGGCUAUAUCAUCUGAAUUGGCACCAGGUCAAAAAAUCAAAUUAUCUACAGAACGUACCAUUUCUACCAUUCCAAGAGGAGAACUGGAAGGAGAAGGAUUAUGGGAAUAUCCAAGUCCUCAACAGAUGUUGAAUGCUAUGUUAAAAAAAGGUAAAGGAGAUGGAAUACCUGAAGAUGCAGUUGAAAGUAUGGUUGAAGUUCAUAAUUUUUUAAAUGAAGGAGCAUGGCAACAAAUUUUAUCUUGGGAAAAAUCAUAUACUUUAAAAAGUCAAGUUGAACCAAGAUUGAAAAAAUUCACUGGUAAACCUCAUGAUUUAAGUCCAAAAGCAAGAAUGUAUUUAUGGUUAGGUAAUUUAUUUCCUGAAACUUUUAAUACUAUCCCUCCUUUUGAUAGACAUGAUUGGACAGUUUUAAGAAGUUUAGGUAAAAAUAAUGGUUGGCAAGAAGUUCGUUAUGUUAUUGAUUAUUAUGGUGCUCCUGAUGAUGAAGAAACUGGAAUGCCUGCUUUUAUGUUGGAUACUCGUCCUGCUUUGGAUAAUUUUACAAAUGCUAAAGAUAGAUUCACUCAUUGGGCUGUUCCAUUAUGGAAAAAAGCCAUGGGUGAAGUUAACGUUGAUGAUGAUUACUAA